AUGUCGAAGAACGUCAACCUCCUUUCUCAUCCUCUGAUCAACGCAGAGCUCUCCAAGUUAAGGCAGGCAUCAACAUCGUCGAAGGAGUUUCGCGAGGGUAUCCAACACAUUAGUGUACUGCUGGGCUAUGAAGCCAGUCGAAAUCUUGAAGAGGAGUCUUUCGACGAUAGAACACCUGUUGGCCCCUUCACGGGGACCAAAAUAAAGCCACGGAUUGGUUUAACUCCUAUCCUGCGAGCGGGUUUGGGGAUGACAGACGCUCUGCUGACCCUAUUUCCAGCCGCACCCGUAUACCAUCUUGGGCUCUUCCGUGAGAAGGUGACCCUCCAACCAGUCGAAUAUUAUUCCAAGCUUCCCCCUUCUCCCGCUCUCGACAACGUUUUUUUGCUUGACCCUUUGAUCGCUACAGGUGGUACAGCAUGCGCAGCACUUGCGAUGAUUGUAGAUUGGGGUAUUCCUGUCAAGGACAUCAAGUUGCUAUGCAUAUUAGCAUCGCAAGAUGGCUUGAACCACGUCCAGGCCGAAUAUCCUGACCUCGAGAUCUGGGUCGCUGGAGUGGAUGAAAUUUUGACGUCAGAGGGCAUCAUAAGCCCUGGUCUUGGCGAUACUGGUGAUCGCCUUUUCAAUACGGUUAUUGUACGAUGA